AUUUUGUUUCGAGAGAGGUGAAGGUCGUUGAAACGAAACUGAACAAAUUCCGAUGGCUUUGACAAGGGCACUGGCGAGAGUGCGUAUUUUACAUACGUCCGUUCGUUUGUUAGCCACCAAACCCGAAGAAGGUAGAUUUGUUGAUGAAGUAACACAUACAGGACAGGUGUGGGAUAAAGAUGAUUACAGAAGAAUUAGAUUUAUAGACAAAAAGAAGCUGGUCAACAAGAAUUUUGCCAUUAAUCUGAUUGCUGAGGACCCUGUUGUUGUUUGUCCAGAGAAAACUGUUUGGAGUAAUAGUGGUGGUGCUCUGGGCCAUCCUAAAGUCUACAUUAACCUUGACAAACCACAGAUAUCAACAUGUGGAUAUUCUGGGAGAAAAUUUAUAUACAAGGGCUUUUAUAAUGAGGCUGAACAUGGACCCUCUAUAACAUAUGAUCAGUAUCUCGAGGAAAUGAAACCAAAAGAACGAGACUAACUUCAGAAAGGAAAAUGUGAUAUAGGAAUACACUACAGAUAUUGUUUGUAAUGUACAAGGAUUAAAACCUUUGACUUUUCAAUAAAAUUAAGUGAAAUUC